UCCCCCUUGCCGGCCGGAGCCGGAAGUUGAGCGUCAGCUGCCGGCGCGUAGCCCUCCGCGGGCCGCACCGCACCAUGCUCCGCGCCUCCGGCCGCCGCCUCGGGGCCGCCGUAGCACCUGCCGUGGCCCUGGCUGCGGCGUUGCUCUCGUCUCUCGCGCGCUGCUCUCUCCUGGGGCCCAGCGACCCAGUGGCCUCGGUAUUGAGCCCCUACUUCGGCACCAAGACUCGCUACGAGGAUGUCAACCCCGGGCUGGUUUUGGACCCCGAGGCGCCGCGGCGGGACCCGGAGCUGCUGGAGGGCACCUGCACCCCGGUGCAGCUGGUCGCCCUCAUCCGCCAUGGCACCCGCUACCCCACGGCUAAACAGAUACGCAAGCUGAGGCAGCUGCACUGGCUGCUGCAGGCCCGCGGCCGCGGCAGUGCGGGCGGUCGCGACCUGGGCGCCGCGCUGGCCGAUUGGCCCCUGGGGUACGCCGACUGGAUGGACGGGCAGCUGGUGGAAAAGGGACGGCAGGACAUGCGACAGCUGGCGCUACGCCUGGCAUCGCUGUUCCCGGCCCUCUUCAGCCGGGAGAACUACGGCCGCCUCCGUCUCCUCACCAGCUCCAAGCACCGCUGCGUGGACAGCGGCGCCGCCUUCCUGCAGGGGCUGUGGCAGCACUACCACCCUGGGUUGCCGCCGCCGGACGUCGCAGAUAUGGAGUGUGGACCUCCAAGGAUUAAUGAUAAAUUGAUGAGAUUCUUUGAUCAUUGUGAGAAGUUUUUAACUGAAGUGGAAAGGAAUGCUACGGCUCUUUAUCACGUAGAAGCCUUCAAAACUGGACCAGAAAUGCAGAACAUUUUAAAAAAAGUUGCAGCUACUUUGCAAGUGCCAGUAAAUGAUUUAAAUGCAGAUUUAAUUCAGGUAGCUUUUUUUACCUGUUCAUUUGACCUGGCAAUUAAAGGUGUUAAGUCUCCUUGGUGUGAUGUUUUUGACAUAGACGAUGCAAGGGUAUUAGAAUAUUUAAAUGACCUGAAACAGUACUGGAAAAGAGGACAUGGCUAUACUAUUAAUAGUCGAUCCAGUUGCACCUUGUUUCAGGAUAUCUUCCAGCACUUAGACAAAGCAGUUGAACAGAAGCAAAGGCAAAGAUACAGAGAGAGAGAGACAAAGAGCUUCUAUCCGCUGGUUCACUCCCCAAAUGGCCACAACUAUGCCAGACUGAAGCCAGGAGCCAGGAGCUUCUUCAGGUCUCCCAUAUUAGAGAAAUUCAGCAACUUGCUUCCUGUUUUCUCAAAGUCUCAACCGAUUUCUUCUCCAGUCAUUCUCCAGUUUGGUCAUGCAGAGACCCUUCUACCACUGCUUUCUCUCAUGGGCUACUUCAAAGACAAGGAGCCCCUGACAGCUUAUAAUUAUAAGGAACAAAUGCAUCGGAAGUUCCGAAGUGGUCACAUUGUACCUUAUGCCUCAAACCUGAUAUUUGUGCUUUACCAUUGUGAGAACGCUAAGACUCCUAAAGAACAAUUCCAAGUGCAGAUGUUGCUGAAUGAAAAGGUGUUACCCUUGGCUCACUCACAGGAAACUGUUUCUUUGUAUGAGGAUCUGAAGAACUACUACAAGGACAUCCUUCAGGGUUGUCAGAACAGUGAAGAAUGUGAAUUACCAAAGGUGAACAGUACAUCUGAUGAGCUGUAAGCCACUAGAGAAAACUUUUAAUUCUUCACCAAACUGUAGGGGUGAUUACAUGCUUUUAAGAGGUAGGCAAUCCUUUGAUUACAGAGAAUUUUCACAUUUCUUGAGUAUUUCUUUUCACAGAAAAAUGUUUCUUUUUGGAUCUGGACAUGAUAUAUAAGAAAUGAUUCUUCACUGGGGCAGCUUCUUAAAGAGAAAAAUAUCUAUUUAUUGAAACAGCUGGCACUGCAGAUAUUAACAGAAAUGAAAUUCUUCCUGUUUAAGAAACCUCACACUGAGAUAGGAAGGAUGUAAUUUCAAAAUGAUACUUGAAAAAUGCUUGAGUAACAAUUAAUAAAAUAUUAAUUGAAUGACUCAUCAUUUGAUUGAACUGAGUCUAGGGACUACCAAAUGUGCUAAAGUUCUUUUUGCCUUAGGUAGGACAAUUCUGGUAUUAAUUGUCUGUGUUAAUCAGAAAUGUUGUGAUAAACCGAGUAUUACUUGGGAAGAAAGCUAACAUCUUUCUAGAUGAGAGUUUGAAACUUACAGAGCAGAGUCUGAUUUAAAGAGACGCUUUCACUGGAGCAAGAUAAAAAGUAUAAUGUGUUUGUUGGUAGUAUUUGUAAAACAUUUGAAUACUUUUUCAAUAAUUCCUUAAAGCUUCUAAUAGGUCUUAGGUUGUCUUAAAUUAUCAUACCACUUUUACAGAGAUAGCAGUGGAAGGACAAACAGAACAGUUACCAACAAGUCAGAUGGAUGGAAUCAAAGUUUCUUAAAUCUAUUGCUUAGCUAUCUUUUCUGUUGUUACUGGCUUCUGUUUUUAUAUUUUGCUUUAUGAAAUGUAUCUUUUGCUUGUUUGAUUUUUUUUUAAUAAAGACUUCAUUAUGGCUGGCUUUGUUUUCACAGAUUUGAACCUAUCUCAAAGAAGUAGUUCUGAGUUCUGUCAAAUACCAUGAGACUGUUACAAUAAUAAAAUUCUUGUGACUUUACUAACACA